AUGUCCGCCUUAUCGAGAGGCCUCAUUUCCCGCCUCCGCCUCCUCUCCCUCAACCCCGCCACUUCUUCUUCCUCCUCUUCUACUUGUACCGCCAUACCCGCCGCUCACGCUACGACGUCGUAUUCUCAUUUCUUCCGAUGCUUCAGCUCCGAGGCCUUGGUGGACGGGGCCGAGAUCGCCGAAGAUCGCAGCCGGGUUAUCGAGGCCAGGCCCGGAGUUAUGACCCCCCAAUCGAAGCGGACCGGAGUCAUCGCCGUCAAGUGUGGCAUGUCGGCGCGCUGGGACAAAUGGGGUGCUAGGGUUCCGAUCACCGUGCUUUGGGUCGAUGAUAAUAUCGUCUCUCAGGUCAAGACCCCAGAGAAAGAAGGAAUCUCUGCCCUACAGAUUGGGUGCGGGCAGAAAAAAGCAAAACAUCUGACAAAGCCUGAAGUGGGCCAUUUCAGAGCUCAGGGUGUUCCACUUAAGAGGAAACUGCGGGAGUUUCCUGUAACAGAAGAUGCGCUUCUCCCUGUUGGUAUGUCAAUUGGUGUUCGCCAUUUUGUUCCAGGCCAAUAUGUUGAUGUUACAGGAAUCACGAGAGGGAAAGGUUUUCAGGGUGGGAUGAAAAGGUAUGGUUUUAGAGGAAUGCCAGCAAGUCAUGGUGCUUCUAAGUCACACCGAAGUAUUGGUUCUACAGGUCAGAGAGAUGAUGCUGGAAGGGUCUUUAAAGGCAGAAAGAUGCCCGGGCGCAUGGGUGGAAAACAGAGAACGGUGAAAAAUGUAUGGAUCUACAAAAUUGAUCCCGCAAGGAACUUGAUAUGGGUGAGAGGCCAGGUCCCAGGUGCUGAAGGGAACUUUGUGUUUAUCAAGGAUGCUUUCUACAAGAAACCCGAUGUCUCGAUGCUACCAUUUCCAACUUACUUUGCUCCAGAGGAUGAAGAUCCAAGCAAGUUAGAACCGCUGGUUGCUGAUCUUGGAGAAGUAGAUCCAUUUAUGGCGGCAGAUUAGGCUGGAGCUGAAUUCAAAACAACCACUUUGAAGGGAACUCGGUUUUUGAGGGUAUAAAACCCGUCUGAGGCUGUUGAAUUGAUUAUUUUUCAAAGUUAUUUUUGUUAUAGGAAUGCAGUUGCCGAGGUUGUAAUAUCAUAAUCGAGUCAAGUUCAUUCAACCUCAGAUUUCAUUACUGACCAACAAUGUUAUUAUGUUGAAAAAUCCAUGUUUUGAAAUAAGUGUGGCGACUUAGAAAUUUUGCUCUGUUAA